ACCAGCAGAGCCAGCAGGCUGUGGGAGCCGUGGCGGGGUUCCCAGCGCCGCCACCGCCCUGUGUGCCUGGCUGGGCGACCACUGGGACAGGACGAGCUCUGCCUUGCCACCGGACUGGGUCAGUAUGGGAGCGGUGGUGGCCAGGACACCCCCCUGGGACUCAGCAGAGCUGGGGCUGUGCCAGGAGAUGCAACGAGGCCGGUGAGCGGGGCGCGUGCGGCGGGGGGCAGCCCCAUGGGGCUUUGUCCGCCUGAGGUGCCAGGCCAGCAUGGAGCCAGCCAGCGCCUUCCCCAAUGCCUCUGGUAACAGCAGCGACACCAGCAGUGCCCCGCACUCGCCUGCAGCCACAGGGCUCAUCCUGCUGGCUGCCCUGGCCAUCCUGCUGGCCACGCUGGUGGGCAACGCGCUGGUGGUGGUGGCCAUCUCCACCAGCCGGGCUCUGCGGGCUCCGCAGAACCUUUUCCUGGUGUCCCUGGCCUCGGCGGACAUCCUGGUGGCUGUCCUUGUCCUGCCCUUCUCGCUGGCCAACGAGGUGAUGGGCUACUGGUACUUUGGUGGCCUGUGGUGCAGCCUGUACCUGGCGCUGGACGUGCUGCUCUGCACCGCUUCCAUCGGGCACCUCUGCGCCAUCAGCCUCGACCGCUACUGGGCUGUCACCCGGGCAGCCCGGCUUAACCUGCGCCGCAGCCCCGGGCGGGUGAAGGGGAUGAUUGGGGCAGUCUGGGCAGCAGCAGCCCUGGUGGCAUUGCCACCGCUCCUGCAGGCCCGGCCGGUGGGCCAGAAAUGCCAGCUGAGCCAGGAGACAUGGUACGUGCUGGCCUCCUGCGCCGCCUCCUUCUUCGCCCCCUGCCUUGUUAUGGUCACCGUCUACUGCCGCAUCUACCACCUGACCGCCCGGCGGACGGCAGCCCUCCUUGCCCCCCAUUCCCCACGCCCCGCUGGCACCGGCAAGAAGGGAACAGGGCUCAGGAUGCCGGGCUGGCGGCGCCAGAGCCAGCACCAGAGCGUGUUGCUGUGCCGCCGGCGGCUGGUGCAGGCACAGGAGCGGCGCUUCACCGUCGUGCUGGCCGUGGUGAUGGGGACCUUUGUGCUGUGCUGGUUCCCCUUCUUCUUCACCUACAGCCUGGGCGCUGUCUGUGGGGAGGGCUGCCGUGUCUCCAAGCCUCUCUUCAGCUUCUUCUUCUGGAUCGGUUACUGCAACAGCAGCCUCAACCCCCUCAUCUACACCCUCUUCAACCGGGACUUCCGCGCUGCUUUCCGCCGGCUUCUGGCUGUCCCCCGCUGGCACCGCACCUAGGGCCCCACUGUGACACUGGGGACAUGGCCCCCAGCCUGGCAUGGACCCUGGACUGCAGUGCCAGUGUGCAUCUUGAGGUACUUUUGGAAACAUGGGGUUGAAUAAAAUGAGGCCAAAGCCUGCA